AUGACAAAACGCGAUUUCCACGACUCGCCCUCAAAGGUGUUAUUCAUGUCCGAGGCAACCGACAUGAUCGGAACACACCUGUCAUCACCUGAUCUCCUCCACUGUAUCCUUGUCUGUCGUGAAUGGAACACACUUUUCAUUCCACACCUCUACGAGACCUUUGACGACAGUACAUACUCCUGGCCGCUAGUUAUCGGAGUACCAAUAUGGCGCAAUAACAGAAGUAACAAGAAGCGGGAUGCCGACUGGAUAUUGAAAAUGUUUACGACCUAUGGCCACCUGAUCCGUCGCCUUUGCACAAAAUGGACCAUCUCCCUCGACACUGCCUCUGCCGCCGGGAGCUGCACACGACUGAGGUCGCUGAUCAUGGGGGAUUUGGGUAUCAGCGAUGACGUGGAGAUGACCCACAUCGUCCUAUCAGACCCACCUGCACUGACAACCACGCCACCGUUUCUGCGUCCGCAGUAUGAGCCUACCUGGAUAGCGAUUCAAUGGCUCUGGCGCCUCAUUCAACAAAACUCGGACACGCUGCAGGAUUUGGAGAUUGUUCAAUUCAAGCACUUCUCGACUCAGGCUCCUGUGAUAGACCUCCUCGUCUCCUGCCCGCGCUUGUCGAGACUGGCCCUUAGUUGGCACCCCGGAGGGCGGCUUCAGACUCUGUUGGAUCGGUUGCCUCAACUACAACAUUAUGAGUUCAUCUAUCCCAUGUAUGCUGGCCCUCCUGCCUCGAUCGAGGAUUCGUUAUUGUUGACCUCGCCUGUGGCCAGUCUUGUCGGCUUGCGGAUUACUGGCAGCAUUGGCAAGCAGACUUACUUCACCCUCCUGAAAUAUUUACCCAACCUGCGACGCCUCUGGAUUGAAGGCCGGUGCACAGAAUACGUCGCUCGUUCCACACCAGACGAUUUCGUCCGUCCAACGACCCGAAUCCAGCGAUUUGACUUUGCUCGUCAAAAUGCAGAGCCCGACGACCAGCUCGUACUGUUUGACAUUCUGAGCUGCAGUCCCGAAUUGACGGACCUCAGUGUCCCCUUUCUAACUAUCGAGGUCGCCAUGGCCAUUAUCGCCCAUUGCCCACAUCUACAGGUUUUCCGUGAGUCGACACUCGAACGAACCAUCACCCGGACCAUAAAAAGACACAGCGUCGUUAACGCCACAGGGAUGCUUCUGGAAACGUGUCGUCAUCUGACCGUGCUCGAUGCCGUCCACAUGGAGAUCGCGGCUGAGCAUCUGAUCUCAUACCCUUGGAUCUGUCAAGGACUCGAGGUCUUCCGGUGUCAAAUUAUCGGCGUCAGGCGGCUGUCGGAGGAGGAAGAGAUGGAUUACCGGCAGGGGUUGCUCUUCCAACGGAUCGCACGGCCACUCUCAGAGAAUGAGUCUGCAGCAAUCGAAAAGUACCGCGAAUCUGUCCAAUUGCAGCACCGCCAGAUCUACGACCAGUUGGCAAAAAUGACCAGUCUCAAGGUGUUGGACAUUGGAAUGGAGUACCGAAACCUAAGCUUCCGUCCAGGAAGACUAACGAUCCGACGUGGAGCACAGCUCUAUGUCGAAUACGAUGAUCUCUUCCCGGACACAUUAGAGCUCUCUCUCGCCUCAGGGCUGGAUCGACUCGCUACACUGGAAAAGUUGGAGGUGUUUGGGUUCCAGAGUGUCGACCACAGGAUCGAUGAAAGCGAGCUGCAGUGGAUGGCAGAGAAGUGGCCAAGAUUGCGGGUUAUGCGUGGAUUACAAGAGCCCUCAGGAGUUGAUGUGAUGCAUGAUGGGGAGAGGUGGCACCGAAGAGUAUUUAUGCAGCGACUCCGACCAUUUGUGAAACACGAAAAUCAUUCGUGA